CAGGUAUUUGGCCAACAAGACAGACGCCAUUAAAUUUUGUGGGUAACACGUAUGUGGGUCAUGUGAUUACCUGGCAUACAGAGAUCGUACAAAUAUUUGGCCGACAAGACAGACCCUGCAGGUUUACUUAAAUCAUGGACCCCCGUACCAGUGCACAGGACGUGAUGCGAUGUGACCUGUGUGAGACCGCUGUGGUACAGAUGCAUUGUGAUACAUGUCUUAUCAACCUGUGUACAGCUUGCGUAGGAAAACACAUGAUAUCUGAUGAAUCCAAAAAACAUGAAAUUGUUAAAUUUACUCUGAGAAAAACUACCCCCCUCUACCCUGUAUGCAUAUCUCAUGAUAAAGAACAAUGUGAAAUGUACUGUAAGCUAUGUGACGUUCCUGUGUGUGCCACCUGCCUUGCUUCUGAUCAACAUCUAGGUCAUAAAUUAUUGAAAAUUUUACAAGUUUUAGAUAAGAAAAAAGAAAAGAUCACAAAGGAACUGGCUGAAUUAAAUGGGACGAUUUAUCCAACCUACCAGGACAUUGCCUCUGAUGUACAAAACAGAAUGAGUCAGUUAGAAAAGGAAUAUGGAGAUCUCUCAACAGCCAUAACAAAACAUGGAGAGGACUGGCACAGAGAAAUUGACAAACUUGUCAAGAAACUUAAAGCUGAAGUUGAUGAGAUGAAAAACACACAGCUACAAACUCUAUGGAAACAUCUGGAUAAAAUAAACAAAACAAUGUCUGAUAUCAAGGAUGAAAUCCAUUCAUUUAAUAUUGCUAUAGACUCCAACGAAAUUUCAGACAUUUUUAAAUUUGCAUCUGUUCAAAUAAGAAGAUAUAACAAUCUCCCAGAAAAAAUUGUGCCAUGUUUGCCAAAAUUCACACAAGGCAGGAUUCAAGGAGAAGAACUUGCCAAACUGUUUGGAACUUUAUCACAGAGCUCCCUUACAUCACAAAAACAUGGUUACAGCAUGAAGACAACACAGAAAUCACCAGAAGCUGGAUCCUCUCCUCCAGUCAAACAGCUGAUUGAUGAACCAGAGACUGUAACCACCAUAAAAACUGGGUAUGGAGACCUUACCAAUGUGGCCUGUCUGAGUGAUGAAGAAAUCUGGACAAGUGGAUAUGACAGCACCAUGAAACUCUACAGAAUCAAUCAGGCAUCACUACUCAAGUCAAUCACAACCAAGUCAGGGAAGAUACCAUAUAACAUAGCAGUGACAAACAGUGGAGAUCUAGUUUAUAUUGAGUACAGUGAUAGAACUGUGAAAAUUGUGAAGAAUGAGAAAAUAGAGGAGGUGAUCAGACUACAGAACUGGAUACCUGACGGUGUCUGUAGUACCUCCUCUGGAGACCUCUUGGUUAUCAUGUACAGUGAUGAUAAAAAACAAACAAAAGUUGUCCGUUACUCUGGCUCCACAGAGAAACAAACUAUUCAGUUUGAUGAUAAACGUAAAUCUCUCUAUUCAUCUGAUUCUGAUUACAUAACUGAGAACAGGAACCUGGAUAUCUGUGUGUCUGAUAGUGGAGCUAAUGCUGUAGUGGUGGUCAAUCAGGCCGGGAAACUGAGAUUCAGGUACACCGGACAUACUCCUGCUCCAAAGAACAGACCAUUCUAUCCACUAGGAAUCACCACAGACAGUCAGAGUCACAUCCUUACAGCUGAUUAUAACAAUGACUGUGUCCACAUCAUAGACCAGGAUGGACAGUUCCUCCGUUACAUAGACUGUGGACUUAAUAAUCCGAUAGGACUAUGUACAGACACAUAUGACAAUCUGUUUGUUACUGAAUAUAACAGAGGUCAAGUGAAAAAAAUUAAAUUUCUGCAGUGAAAAACUUAGAAACAGUUUGAUCAUUCCUAUGGACAUAAAAUUUUACAGUGAGGCUAAACUUUCAAAUAGACCAUGAAAAAUUUUAAGACAUACAUGAAUUGUGUGUUUAUGUUUGUGCACAUUGUAUAAUCGACAAUG